CACUCUCGCUCUGGAUUUUAGUUAUACUAGAUUCUCUGGUCAGCUUCAGCUGCAAAAGGGGUUGUUUCGUGUUUUCCCAAAUUCAGGCAAGAGUUAAGUUCCAACUCAAAACCAAACACCAGCAAGUUUGAAAUGUGGCUGUUGAUUACGGGUUUGAUGCUGCUGGUUUCGACCAGUUCCGGGUCCGUCCUGGCACCAUAUCAGGUUUCCAUCCGGUCCAGUGCUCCGCCAAUUGUCGGUCAGUUGCAGCCUCCCUCCUCGAAUUAUGGUGGAUCUGUGCCGUCCAGGCAUAUUUGCAGUGGCAUCAUCAUCAAGGAUAAGUACAUUCUGACGACGGCCGGAUGUGUGCAUGUUCGGGAGCCCCAGUCGGGCCGGGUGACUCGACUUAUUAAUCCUGGCGAAACUUUCAUCAUGGCUGGCAAUCUAAGUGCAUCCGGAGCAGCUGGGACCAACACCAGCAGCACCGUAAGACGCAACGUAAUCUCCGUAAUUCCGCACGAGGCGUACAACGCAACUUCCGGCGAGCACGACAUUGCACUACUCAAGCUUGACCGCCCGUUGCCGCUGAACAACUCCUCGGUCCAGUGGAUCGAGCUCCAAGGACCUCCCCCGAACGUGACCAGCACCGGCGGACAGACAACCACAGCUAGCAACAAAGUUAAUGAAAACUGUUUCAUAAACAUUUAUAACAACUCUGUCGGGCCAUCCAAUUAUCCUUACACGGUGGUACGGAAUGUGAGCUUUUUCGACAAGUGGGUCUGCGAUGAGCGGAACAGAGGAAGGAUCAACGGAGGAGGGGAAGGUCGUUGCGUGGAGUACAGGUUUAGUGGAUCGCAGUCCUGUUUGCUGGAUCCGGACGUCCUGCGGCACAGCGAGGAACGCGGCACGGCCCUGGUGUGCAACUUUAAAUUAGCAGCCAUUUUGGCGGAAAUAAAUCCCCCGGUCAGCGCCGGCCAGUGCGUGGCCUCGAUGCAGCGGAGAACUACGGCGUACUACACCCCGAUGGAGCCCCACCUGGGAUGGAUCGUGGAGGCCAUCGGGAGUUUGUGGGUGGUGGUGCCACCGUCGGCACUCCCAGCUUCGGGUUCAACCGUUGGCCAGGCAUUAGCACCGGGAUUUGUACCGGGACCCGCCGGCCAGGGGUCCUCCUGGGGGACCCAGCAGCAGGUUGCACCAGGAAACCACCCAAAAUCGGCAGCAGUGGCAUCAUUCUGCAGUGGAACCGCGCUGAAAGUUUUUCUCUUUAAUUUAUUCAUUUCACUAACGGUCAUUUAUCGAUUCCAUCACUGACUGACUGACUGGGACUGGCGAGAAUGCGAAGGAUGAGGGUUCUGGCAGCCAGGACCGCAACCACGUCAAUCCAUCCUUCGAAAGGGCCGUGAUCCGGAACUUUGUGGUUUUUUUCUGUUUUGUUUUUUGAGUCUAUAUUCCUAGUGAAAAAUAUUGUAGCAAUCGGGUAAUAAAUUUCUAGAAACAAAAAUA